UUUUUCCGAGCUUUGACAGGUCUUGCGUGAUUUCUUUUCGUUUUCGGGAGAAACAAGAAAUGAAGAAGAAUUCAAUUUAACAAAAUAAAAUAAAAAGAUUUAACUUUAAUUUUCGAUAAUGUCGUCCCUAACUCGUCUAAUCGAACACAACCUACGUUUGACAGGAUCUAAAUAUUCUUUUUAUCAAGCUAGGUUGUUGUCAUCCCAGGCCACAGAAUCUUCAACAAAUGAUGCCGAGGAAGAAUUCCGUGUGUUGAAUCUACGUGCUGUCAGAAAUGUUGCAGCCAAAAGAAAACCAUACAAGAAAGAUCCAGUUCCACCGCCGAGAACUCACAAAAUGGCAACAGAUCAAGAUUGGACAGCCGUCUGGCCAGGACCAAGAACAUUUCACCCCGCAUCAGUGCCAUUGCCAAUCAGGCAGGGAUUCACUGAGAAAGGCGCUCCCGCACCUUCGAAGUUUGGCAACGCAGAAAUAAUGAAAAUUCCCAAUUUCCUGCAUCUAACACCACGCGCCAUCAAACAACAGUGUGAGGCUCUGAAAAGGUUCUGCACUCCAUGGCCAAAAGGCUUGGAAACUGAGGAGAAAUGCAAGAAACAUUUUCCAGUCGAGGUAAUCUAUGGCGACUAUGUUCAUGGGCUGCCUACAAUUCGCAACAUUGAAGCUCGUCGAGUUACUUUGAAGCUGAAAUUGUCAACACUGAAGUUCGAUCAACACGCCAAGGACAAGUUCUUGCGUCUCAUUGGAAAUCGAUACGACCCAGAAACAGAUGUCAUAACCAUCAUGACGGAUCGUUGUCCGUUAAAGAAACAAAAUUACGAUCAUGCAAUGUAUCUACUUACGGCCUGUUAUCACGAGUCGUUCGUGACAGAACCAUGGGAAGCCACAAAGUCUGAGGCAGAUAUGGAAACUUAUUAUUUUAAUCGAAACAAAUCGAAGGUGUCUGCUGAAGCUAUUCUCAAUUGGGGUAAACCUGAGGACGCAAAGAAGACGACUGCUAGCGAAGGAUUUGCUAAGAGUGUUGAGAAUCUAAUCAACGAAGGCGAAAACGAGUACAACAUUCAGAAGUAUAAAGACGAAGUGAAACAAAUGCUUGGCAUUGUCAAAAGUUAAAAAUGUUCGAAAAUAUGUUAAACCUUUUUCAAUAAAAUUAUCGAAAGUUAAAACCAGCAAA